AUGAACACUCAGGUCCCCUCAUCUAUUGCCUACACGGCAUGUCGAACAGCCGCCAUGGAGGGCGUGUCCUGGACUGCCCGCGUACUAUCCCGCGCCGCGGCUAAGCUCUCUCACCAACAUAUAUCAAACCCCACCCAGGACUUGACGCAGACCCAAGACUUCGAGCCCAUCAUCGAGGUCAAACCUAUCUAUCAGACCCAGUACAUAACCGCACGCGACAGCAGGCAGAAGGAGGUCGACUACCUAGGCCUCGACAGCUGGGUCCUGAACAAUGAAAUCUGUGGCUUUUUCGACUGCGGUGAUGAAUUCUUCUCGGAGGACGAAGGCAAUAAUGAUUAUGGUGUGGACCAAAUUUACUACUUCAAUAAACACGGGAUCGAGGAGCUCUCUCAGGACGAGAUUUCGGAGGCGGGUAGUGAUGAGAGACUAUUCCUCCUGGAUGACGAGGAUGAACUAUUCCCAAAGAUCCCCAGCAUCAUUUUGACCACUCCUGAUGGCGAGGUCGUCAUCGGCAACGCUAUCCCGGAGGGGAACAAGUGCCACUUCACGGACGAGUACUACGCCCUACAGAAACAGUGGCUCGACACCCUCGAAAACAGCCUCGUCCCGGGCAAGUGGAGACAGCUACGUGACCUAAACCGCCCACAGGGGCCCAAAAUCAACUAUGAAGAAGAAGAGGCCCUCCGCGAGAGGCACCUCCGCAUCCAGAAGAAGCAGAAGCGCCGCGCGGAAAAAGCGGCGUGCAUGGCGCACGACGAGAGAUACCACCAACGCCGCCAAGAAAGGGACGCGGCGGAGCGCGCGUGGCAGCUACAGAGGAUGGAGGUCGAAGAUAGGCGGUAUCAGGCGCAGCAGUCGCAGACGCUCGAGGCUGCUGCUGCCCCGGGAGAAUGGGUUGAGGAAAUGGAUCGCCAGCAGGAGGAGGCAGAGAAGAGACUACAGGAACUCAGAGACGAGCUGGAGGAGAGGAUGGAAAGGGAUUUCGGGGUUGAGAGCGAGAGUGAACUUUGA